UCUCAAUAUGGGUGCAUCUCAUUUUCUCUCCUUCUCUUCCGGUGCUCCACACGCAGCAGUGUUUACAGCUGAGUUCACAGAGUGCUAGUGUUAUUUAAUAGUUCAAAAUCUAACAGGGUUUUGUUUUUUAAGUACGUGCUAACAUGCUUCUUUUCUGUCCAACCUGCGGGAACGUGUUAAUCGUCGAGGAAGGGCAGAAGUGCAUGAGAUUCGCGUGUAACACCUGUCCCUACGUACAUAACAUCACACGAAAGGUAAAUAACAGGAAGUAUCCGAAGUUAAAGGAGGUGGAUGAUGUUCUGGGUGGAGCUGCUGCGUGGGAAAACGUGGACUCAACACCUGAAACGUGCCCGAAGUGCGAGCAUCCUCGAGCAUACUUCAUGCAGAUUCAGACCAGAUCAGCAGACGAACCGAUGACCACGUUCUACAAAUGCUGCAACGCUCAGUGCGGACAUCGAUGGAGAGAUUGACACCUUUUCACCUAUAGCUGUGUUUUUCAGCUUCAUUCACAAGCACAGCUGAGAAACAUUUAUUUUUUUGCUUUACAUUUAAUAUUUAAAUAAAAUAUCCACUUUCACAAUUUCAAAAUUGAGUUUCCUUCAUGACUUUUAUUGAUAAAAUAGUAGCUGUAUACAACAGUCAAACAAAUCUUUGACUUACAUAGUUAUACAUUUCACAGACAUUUAGAGCAAUGCAGACCACCAAAAUCCACAACAAUGGUGUGCGUUACACCGUAUUAAUAUUUCAAUGCAAUCCUUCAUUUCAUAUUGAUUUUCUUACAGAGCUCCGUUAGCCUCACGGAAAACAAAAACAAAUGCACAUAGAGUCAGGAACUUGCCAGUGAGAAUGACUUGUUUCGAUGUGUGACUUGUGCAGACAAACUCUGCACUUGGUGCAUGAGACAUCCAGCAUGCUGAUGGUGGAACAGUAUCUGUUGGUGUUAAAUUCAGUGGGAUCGCAAUGUUGGAGUUAAUUUGUUAUUUAAAGCUUUUUCCUAGCAAAGAGCUCACUAUUUAGUAUCUGUAAUUGUUUUUUAACAUGCCUCUGAGCAAUGCAAGUCAUCGGGAAAGGCUAACGCUAAGUCAGGGACUCUGUGGGAAGAUGGUCCCACCACUGUAAUGAUAGUGCUGUACGUUAAAUUAUACAUGUUAGCACCUCUCAUCAGUGAGAGUGACUUGGAAUGACUUUUCAAAAUAAAUUAACGUUAUAACAAAACACUUAACAGAACAAAUAUAACACACUAGUAACAAUUUUCUGUUUGUUUUGAAAUAACUAUUUUGAAAAUCAUCUUAAACGACCCAGACUCAGCAUUUGGCCAGCGACAGGACAAAUCACUACUGAGAUGUUGUGAAGUGUUCGUCCAUCAGUAACAGUCGAGCCCUAAGUCUGUCAGCUCUACUUCCAUCUACUAAAUUCUGAAAAGGUGCAACCAUGGUGGGAUUCACUCAGCUAACAGCAAACCAAAGUAAAAACCAAAUGAUGCAUAGGUGGUCGCACUUUUUUUCCCCCCUAGACAAAUGAUGCAUCUGAGGGGCAAAGGUGAACUUUAACUUAAAGUGCAAAUAAUGACUCAAUCAUCAAAAUAAAACACCUUUACAGACAGAGGGCACUGAUGAGCAUUAGCUCAACAGUAAGUCACAGGACAUUUUGUGACUACAGCCCAAAUUAAUAACAAUAUAGCAGGUUAACAUAAAUCUUGGGACUUUCCCAACAAGUAGAUUUAGUAGCUAAAUAUUAUAAAUGGUUCAUUUUGCUCACAUUCAAAAGGGAUCGAUGAUUAAAAGAAAACACUAGACCUGCUGGAACAAAAUAAUCAGACAAAGGAAAAUAAAAGUUCAGUUCUAAAUAUUAAAAUAAUGAAUUAAAUAUCUGACAUCAAAGUUAAAAAUUAACCCGUGUCGGAAUACACUUGCUAUAGAGCAGGGGUCGGCAACCCUAGGA